GAAUCCGUGGGAAACGGGACUCGCUGCAAAGCCUUAAAAAGAAGGACUUCGGCAGGAGGAAGGAAAAGCCUCCUCCGGGCAAGACUUGGCGUGCUCCGAGCCGGGGCUGCUUCAGGGACCUCGCCUCCUCCUUUCCCCCCUGGAGAAAUUGCCGCUGAUGCAUUAUCCAAGUGGUGGUUGGGAGGAUUUGCAGCAAAAUUUUUGGUUUUCCCUCCCCCUUCUAUGCAUUCUGUUUUUUUCCCUCCCUUUUCUAUUUUCCUUCUUCCCGAGAAGUGAAUUGCUGAUGCAAAUCGGACUUUAUUCAUUAAUGAUGCAACCGGAUUCGUUUCAGGAUUAUGUUGCACGAGUUGAAUUUUGAAUGAAGGAGAAGAGUUGUUUUUUUUUUUUUAAAGAAGUGUUGACUCUUUGUUGUACUUUUAAUUAUUUUAUUUAAAUAUACGAUUUAAUUGUAUUAUUCUUUAAAAAUGUAUUAAGUAUAUAUUUUAUGGUAAUUUACCCCCCAGAUAUAUGUAUAUGGGUGAAAUUGAAGACGCUUCAGUUAAGUGAGUUACUGCUGUGUUGGAUGUUUAAUUCAGCACCGGCGUUGCAUGACAGUUGUUUGAAUAACAAGUGGUUUAUUUUUAAAACCACACCUUUUAAAAUUUAGGUUCAAAUAAUAAUAGCUAAAAUCGUUAUAAGAAUUUAAAGGCGAGCCGGCAGAAAUCGAAGCAAACAUGUCUGGAGAAGUGCGUUUGAGACAAUUGGAGCAGCUUAUUUUGGAUGGGCCCGCUCAGACCAAUGGGCAGUGCUUCAGUGUGGAGACAUUACUGGAUAUACUCAUCUGCCUUUAUGAUGAAUGCAAUAAUUCUCCAUUGAGAAGAGAGAAGAACAUUCUUGAAUACCUAGAAUGGGCUAAACCGUUUACUUCUAAAGUGAAACAAAUGCGAUUACAUAGAGAAGACUUUGAAAUAUUAAAGGUGAUUGGUCGAGGAGCUUUUGGGGAGGUUGCUGUAGUGAAAUUAAAAAAUGCAGAUAAGGUAUUUGCCAUGAAAAUAUUGAAUAAAUGGGAAAUGCUGAAAAGAGCUGAGACAGCAUGUUUUCGUGAAGAAAGGGAUGUAUUAGUGAAUGGAGACAAUAAAUGGAUUACAACUUUGCACUAUGCUUUCCAGGAUGACAACAACUUAUACCUGGUUAUGGAUUAUUAUGUUGGUGGGGAUUUGCUUACUCUACUCAGCAAAUUUGAAGAUAGAUUGCCUGAAGAUAUGGCUCGAUUUUACUUGGCUGAAAUGGUGAUAGCAAUUGACUCAGUUCAUCAAUUACAUUAUGUUCACAGAGACAUUAAACCUGACAAUAUAUUGAUGGAUAUGAAUGGACAUAUUCGGUUAGCUGAUUUUGGUUCUUGUCUGAAGCUGAUGGAAGAUGGAACGGUCCAGUCCUCAGUGGCUGUUGGAACCCCAGAUUAUAUCUCUCCUGAAAUUCUUCAAGCCAUGGAAGAUGGAAAAGGCAGAUAUGGUCCUGAGUGUGACUGGUGGUCUUUGGGAGUCUGUAUGUAUGAAAUGCUUUAUGGAGAAACACCAUUUUAUGCAGAAUCUCUGGUGGAAACAUAUGGAAAAAUCAUGAAUCAUAAAGAGAGGUUUCAGUUUCCAGCCCAAGUGACUGAUGUGUCUGAAAAUGCCAAGGAUCUUAUUCGAAGGCUGAUUUGUAGUAGAGAACAUCGACUUGGUCAAAAUGGAAUAGAAGACUUUAAGAAACACCCAUUUUUCAGUGGAAUUGAUUGGGAUCAUAUUCGGAACUGUGAAGCACCUUACAUUCCAGAAGUUAGUAGCCCAACAGAUACAUCAAAUUUUGACGUGGAUGAUGAUUGUUUAAAAAAUUCUGAAACGAUGCCCCCACUAACACAUACUGCGUUUUCUGGCCACCAUCUGCCAUUUGUUGGUUUUACAUAUACUAGUAGCUGUGUACUUUCUGAUCGGAGCUGUUUAAGAGUUACUGCUGGUCCCACCUCACUGGAUCUUGAUGUUAAUGUUCAGAGGACUCUAGAUAACAACUUAGCAACUGAAGCUUAUGAAAGAAGAAUUAAGCGCCUUGAACAAGAAAAACUUGAACUUAGUAGAAAACUUCAAGAGUCAACACAGACUGUCCAAGCUCUGCAGUAUUCAACUAUUGAUGGUCCACUAACAGCAAGCAAAGAUUUAGAAAUAAAAAGUUUAAAGGAAGAAAUUGAAAAACUAAGGAAACAAGUAACAGAGUCAAGUCAUUUGGAACAGCAACUUGAAGAAGCUAAUUCUGUGAGGCAAGAACUAGAUGAUGCUUUUAGACAAGUCAAGGCUUAUGAAAAACAAAUCAAAACAUUACAACAAGAAAGAGAAGAUCUAAAUAAGGAACUAGUCCAGGCUAGUGAGCGAUUAAAAAACCAAUCCAAAGAGCUGAAAGACGCACACUGUCAGAGGAAACUGGCCAUGCAGGAAUUCAUGGAGAUCAAUGAGCGGCUAACAGAAUUGCACACCCAAAAACAGAAACUUGCUCGCCAUGUCCGAGAUAAGGAAGAAGAGGUGGACCUGGUGAUGCAAAAGGUUGAAAGCUUAAGGCAAGAACUGCGCAGAACAGAAAGAGCCAAAAAAGAGCUGGAAGUUCAUACAGAAGCUCUGGCUGCUGAAGUAUCUAAAGACAGGAAACUGCGUGAACAGAGUGAGCACUAUUCUAAGCAACUGGAAAAUGAAUUGGAGGGACUGAAGCAAAAGCAAAUCGGUUACUUACCAGGAGUAUGCAGUAUAGAACAUCAGCAAGAGAUAACCAAAUUAAAGACUGAUUUGGAAAAGAAAAGCAUCUUUUAUGAAGAAGAGUUAUCUAAAAGAGAAUUAAUACAUGCAAAUGAAAUUAAAAAUCUGAAGAAAGAACUGCAUGAUUCAGAAGGUCAGCAACUUGCUCUCAACAAAGAAAUUAUGAUUCUAAAAGACAAAUUGGAAAAAACCAGGAGAGAAAGUCAAAGUGAAAGGGAAGAAUUUGAAAAUGAGUUCAAACAACAGUAUGAAAGAGAAAAAAUAUUACUAACUGAAGAAAAUAAAAAGCUAACAAGUGAACUUGAUAAGCUUACCACCUUAUAUGAGAAUUUAAGUAUGCACAACCAGCAGUUAGAAGAAGAGGUAAAAGAUCUGGCAGACAAGAAAGAAUCAGUUGCACAUUGGGAAGCCCAAAUCACAGAAAUAAUUCAGUGGGUCAGUGAUGAAAAGGAUGCACGAGGGUAUCUUCAGGCCUUAGCUUCUAAAAUGACUGAAGAAUUGGAAGCAUUAAGAAAUUCCAGCUUGGGUACACGAGCAACCGAUAUGCCAUGGAAAAUGCGUCGUUUUGCAAAACUGGAUAUGUCAGCUAGACUGGAGUUGCAGUCUGCUUUGGAUGCAGAAAUAAGAGCCAAACAGGCCAUCCAAGAAGAGCUGAAUAAAGUUAAAGCAUCUAACAUCAUAACAGAAUGUAAACUGAAAGAUUCAGAGAAGAAGAACUUGGAACUACUGUCAGAAAUUGAACAACUGAUAAAGGACACUGAAGAGCUUAGAUCUGAAAAGGGUAUAGAGCACCAAGACUCACAGCAUUCUUUCUUGGCAUUUUUGAAUACGCCUACCGAUGCUCUGGAUCAAUUUGAAGAUUCCUUUUCUUCUUCCUCAUCUUCACUGAUUGAUUUUUUGGAUGACACUGAUCCCGUUGAGAACACAUAUAUAUGGAACCCGAGCGACAAGUUUUACAGCCAGUCACGGUCCACAUCUCCUUCCACAUCUAGUGAAGCUGAGCCAGUUAAGAUUGUAGACUCUACUCCACUUCCAGUUCACACACCAACCUUGAGAAAAAGGGGAUGUCCUGGUUCAACUGGCAUUCCACCUAAGCGCAAGACUCACCAGUUUUUUGUAAAAUCUUUUACUACUCCUACCAAAUGUCAUCAGUGUACCUCUUUGAUGGUGGGUUUGAUAAGACAGGGCUGUUCAUGUGAAGUGUGUGGAUUCUCAUGUCAUAUAACUUGUGUAAACAAAGCUCCAACCGCUUGUCCAGUUCCUCCUGAACAGACAAAAGGUCCCCUGGGUAUAGAUCCUCAGAAAGGAAUAGGAACAGCAUAUGAAGGUCAUGUCAGGAUUCCUAAGCCAGCUGGAGUGAAGAAAGGAUGGCAAAGAUCAUUGGCUGUAGUUUGUGACUUCAAACUCUUUCUGUAUGAUAUUGCCGAAGGAAAAGCAUCUCAGCCCAGUGUUGUCAUUAGUCAAGUGAUUGACAUGAGGGAUGAAGAAUUUUCUGUGAGUUCAGUCUUGGCUUCUGAUGUUAUUCAUGCAAGUCGAAAAGAUAUACCCUGUAUAUUUAGAGUCACAGCUUCCCAGCUCUCAGCAUCUAAUAACAAAUGUUCAAUCCUGAUGCUAGCAGAUAGUGAGAAUGAGAAGAGUAAGUGGGUGGGAGUGCUGAGUGAAUUGCACAAGAUUUUGAAGAAAAACAAAUUCAGAGACCGCUCAGUCUAUGUUCCCAAAGAGGCUUAUGACAGCACUCUACCCCUCAUUAAAACAACUCAAGCAGCAGCAAUCAUAGAUCACGAAAGGAUAGCUUUGGGAAAUGAAGAAGGGUUAUUUGUUGUGCAUGUCACCAAAGAUGAAAUUAUUAGAGUUGGUGACAAUAAGAAGAUUCAUCAGAUUGAACUCAUUCCAAAUGAUCAGCUUGUUGCUGUGAUCUCAGGACGAAAUCGUCAUGUACGACUUUUUCCUAUGUCCGCUUUGGAUGGGCGAGAGACUGAUUUUUACAAGCUGGCAGAAACUAAAGGGUGUCAAACCAUAACUUCUGGAAAGGUGCACCAUGGAGCUCUCACAUGCCUGUGUGUGGCUAUGAAAAGGCAGGUCCUCUGUUAUGAACUGUUUCAGAGCAAGACCCGUCACAGAAAAUUUAAAGAAAUUCAAGUCCCAUAUAAUGUCCAGUGGAUGGCAGUCUUCAGUGAACAACUCUGUGUGGGAUUCCAAUCAGGAUUUUUAAGAUACCCUUUGAAUGGAGAAGGAAGUCCAUACAGUAUGCUCCAUUCAAAUGACCAUACACUAUCAUUUAUUGCACAUCAACCAAUGGAUGCUAUCUGCGCAGUUGAGAUCUCCAGUAAAGAAUAUCUGCUGUGUUUUAACAGCAUUGGGAUAUAUACUGACUGCCAGGGCCGAAGAUCUAGACAACAGGAAUUGAUGUGGCCAGCAAAUCCUUCCUCUUGUUGUUACAAUGCACCUUAUCUCUCAGUGUAUAGUGAAAAUGCAGUUGAUAUUUUUGAUGUGAAUUCCAUGGAAUGGAUUCAGACUCUUCCUCUCAAAAAGGUGCGACCCUUAAACAAUGAAGGAUCAUUAAAUCUUUUAGGAUUGGAAACAAUUAGAUUAAUAUAUUUCAAAAAUAAGAUGGCAGAAGGGGAUGAACUGGUAGUUCCUGAAACAUCAGAUAAUAGUAGGAAACAAAUGGUUAGAAAUGUUAACAAUAAGCGGCGCUAUUCCUUCAGAGUUCCAGAAGAGGAAAGGAUGCAACAGAGGAGAGAGAUGCUACGAGAUCCAGAAAUGAGAAAUAAAUUAAUUUCUAACCCAACUAAUUUUAACCACAUAGCACACAUGGGUCCUGGAGAUGGAAUACAGAUCCUGAAAGACCUGCCCAUGCCAGGUUUCCCUUAUCCAUCCCCUCAUCAUCACUCCGGUCUGAUCUCCUCUCCGAUCAACUUUGAGCACAUCUAUCAUAUGACUGUUAAUUCUGCUGAAAAAUUUCUCUCUCCUGAAUCCAUAAACCCUGAAUAUUCCCCGUCUCUACGCUCUGUCCCUGGUACACCAAGCUUUAUGACUCUGAGGAACCCUCGGCCUCAGGAAAGUCGGACAGUAUUCAGUGGCUCAGUCAGUAUUCCAUCUAUCACCAAGUCCCGCCCGGAGCCAGGCCGUUCCAUGAGUGCUAGCAGCGGCCUGUCAGCAAGGUCGUCCACACAGAACGGCAGCGCGUUAAAGCGGGAAUUCUCUGGAGGAAGCUACAGUGCCACGCGGCAGCCCAUGCCCUCCCCGUCAGAGGGCUCGUUGUCUUCUGGAGGCAUGGACCAAGGCAGUGAUGCGCCGGCGAGGGACUAUGACGGAGAGGACUCCGAUUCUCCGAGGCAUUCCACAGCUUCCAACAGUUCCAACCUGAGCAGCCCCCCAAGCCCCGUUUCACCCCAAAAGACCAAGAGCCUCUCUCUGGAGAGCACCGACCGCGGGAGCUGGGACCCGUGAGCUGCUUGGACCUCUCGCCCUCAGCUCCCCUCCACUCGCCUCCUCUCUCACUUUCAUCUCUUUCUUCCGCCUUGGCCUGAACCGACCAGGGGCUGGCAGCAGUAGCAGGGCAGGGAUCCCGGAGUUCUGACCCGCAGACCCACACCCCCGGCCUAGCAGCAACAAAGGCAGACUUGCAUCAAGCAGCUUAGAGUAAUACUGAUUUCAUUCCAUACACUUAGAGUUGCUUUCCAUAGUAUUUUUCCCCUCCCCCAAAGGUAGCUUAAGUAGACAGAUUACACAACAUAAGUAUUAAGAAUAAGAUUAGACCGAUUUUGUUUUCACAGUAGAGUCUCAUUCUAGUAUGAAAAUAGCUCACAGGGUUCUCCACGCCCUGCGGGGAGAGUCUGUCCCUGGAGUGGCACACUGAGCUCUCGUUCCACAGUGUCAACUGACUGUUGCCAGGAAAUCCUUAUGAGUUGAAACAGUGCAUAUUUUAAUACAAUACAGAGUUUGAAUACAUAAAUGUAGAAGUUAAAUACUGAAUGUAUAUAGUCAAAAGAAGCAUCUUGUAUUCAACAAAAGAUGGAUGCAUAUAUAAGAGAGAGAGAAGAUUUAAUUUAAAGAAAUGUGUUUCUUGUCAGUUUUCCAGCUAAGUAAUGUAAAGAGUACCAAGGCCUCGAUCUGGCAUUUGGAGAGGGAGAGACAUCAGAGUUCCCUUUAGUGCCCUGCCCUUAAACUGGUUACAGGCUGCAGUCGUUGGGGAGCUUUGGAGAGCACUGGUUUGGAGUGCAGCCUGGGCACUGGAGUUGUAACAUUUGAAGCCCUCCAGCAGCAGCGGCAAGAGGCAGGCUCACCUCUACCCAAGACGCCUCUUUUCUAGUGGUAGAAAUUGAACCGCACUUCUCAUUCUUAUUAUAUUUUGGUAUCUUCUGCAGAUGAAUAUAGAAAUUCGAUUCUGUCACCUCUGCUCCCUUCCACCUGAAAGGGCAUAAGGAGUAUUACGGCUUCUGAAGGCCCAUAAAAAGAGUUCCUCAAAGUGCUUUUUUCCUGGGCUAGGACUGCCCCUCUCCAAGUCACAGCGAGGUGUCCGUCCCAGGGUGGAUGGUUUCCCAAGGAGGAGUCUGUUUGCUGAGGGUGGGUGUGAGCUUUCUCAGAUAAGCCUAGGAAAAAGGGCUUUUACUACCAAACAAUAGAAGAACCUCUCAAGCAAGGCCUUGAGCAGCCUUAACCAAACGCCCUUCCCACACCCAGGGCACAGGCGCCCGUGAGCCCGGCAUAGUCCGAGUUGACUGGAUUCCUCCCUCACUUGCUGUAUUGUGUUGUCAGUUACAUUUCCACUUGGAUUCCUACUGUUUUAAUUGCCAUGAGGAAAUGAGAUGCAGAACCAGAAGAACUUACUUAUAGAGUCAUUUUACCAGUUAAGCACAUGAGUAGAGGAGAUAAAAAUAAAAAUAUCUCAUGGAAGUAAAGAGA